ACGAGAUGCCUUACAAAAUAGUGCAAACGAUCGAGCGAGGUGAAACCUGCCUAACAGUGGUUCCGUCAGGGUGGGAGGAAAAAGGCACUCUACAUUGGCCAAAAAAGAAUGUGGUUGCUAAACUGUCAGCCGACGAAUUUUCUGUGCCAUCGCCGAAAUGGGAACGAAUGGACUGCGUAAGAAAAAGAGAAUUCAAAACUCGUGCCGAAGCUGAAAGGGAGUUGGAACGUAUGGAAGCUGUAUCUGAUACGGAAGCGGACGAAUCUUCCAUUGCGCCGCCUUCCAAGAAAAGCUGCCUCGGAACAAAUCAAAGCGGAAAAAACACGGUAAAAGACUUCAAUAGCCUUUUUUUAGUUCCUGGUCAGGAGGUCAACACCGAAGCUGAACUUGUUAACGAAGAGGUUCCGAACCAGAAUUGUACUAUGUCAACAGAAACUAUCAUGCUGUUUGCUCCUGGAACAACCGAAUGUGAACCUGGGUCAUCUGGCACGGUGUUUUCGCAGGGAUCAGUUCAGGUGACAAGUCAGCAGGACGUUAAUCUUGACCUCAAGGCUAAUCAGCAAACGAUUAUGGAGAACCAGCAAAUAAUUGUGAACAAUCAAAUCAAACUGAUGCAGGCGCUUGCAAAACUUCAGACUGGUGUCGAUUAUUUAAGGUGA